UGAGAGUACAGUUGUUUCACGAGGCCAAGCUUUUGAACUUGGUUUUUUCACUCCUGGAAAAUCAAGAAACCGAUACGUGGGAAUUUGGUACAAGAAACUAUCUGGAAAAGUAUCUGAUAGGACUGUUAUAUGGGUAGCCAACAGAGAUAUUCCCCUCUCAGAUUCCUCUGGAGUUCUAACUAUCACUCAAAAAGGAUUUCUUGUUCUUCUCAAUAGCACAAAUGGCACCGUUUGGUCAUCAACUGUGUCAAAAAUUGCAAACAAUCCAGUUGCUGAGCUAUUAGAAUCAGGAAAUCUUGUUGUGAAAGAUGCGAAGAAGGAUGAUAACGAGGAUAACUUUUUGUGGCAAAGCUUUGAUUAUCCAGGUGAUAACUUGUUACCGGGUAUGAAACUUGGAGUGAACUUGGUUACUGGUCUAAACAGGUACAUGUAAUCCUGGAGGAGCAUAGAUGAUCCUGCCCAUGGCGAUUACAAAUAUAUGAUAGACCCUCAUGGGGUUCCACAACUAGUUCUUACAAAAGGGAAUACAAUUCAAUUUAGAGCAGGUUCAUGGAAUGGUCUUCGUUGGACGGGCGUUCCUCAACUGAGAGAAAAUCCUGUUUAUAGAUUUGAGUUUGUGUUAAAUCAGAAUGAAGUGUUUUACAGGUUUAAUGUUACUAACAGCUCUGUCCCUUCAAGGAUGGUGUUGAGUCCAUCAGGUGUUACAGGGCGGUUAACAUGGAUAGAUCGAAGCCAAAGUUGGCAGCCUUUUUCGCGCUUCUCUGGGUUGACACUUGAUCAAUGUGACAAUUAUGCAUUGUGUGGUGCAUAUGCUAGUUGCAACAUUAAUAUGAACACUCCAUCAUGUGAAUGUUUGGAAGGAUUCAAACCAAAAUUUCCAGAUGAGUGGAGUAACUUAGAUUGGUCUAAUGGGUGUGUUCGAAGGACUGAAUUGGACUGUAAGAAUGGGGAUGGCUUUCUGAAGCACAAAGGAGCGAAAUUACCCGACACACGUUCGUCUAGAAUUAACAAGAACAUCAGCCUUUUGGAAUGUGAGAAAUUGUGUUCUAAGGAUUGCUCUUGUACAGCCUAUGCAAAUUCAGAUAUCAGAGGAAGUGGUUGUUUGCUCUGGUUUGAUGACUUGGUUGAUAUAAGAGCACUUACUGAGAAUCAACAAGACCUCUAUGUGCGAAUGGCUGCUUCAGAACUAGCUAGUAUUGAAAGGAGAAGACAAUCAAGAAAGAAAAAGCUGGUGAUCAUCAUAGUCACAUCUAUACUUUUAGCCAUGGCCAUGGGAGUGCUUAUCUUAGGAUGGAUCUUAUAUUUGAGAAAAAAGAAACUCAAGAAUCAAGGUAAGGGGAAUGAAGAAAUGGAUUUACCAAUAUUUGAUUGGGCAACCAUAGCUAAUGCCACUUGCAACUUCUCAAACAAUAACAAGUUGGGGGAAGGUGGUUUUGGACCUGUUUACAAGGGUAUAUUAUUAGAGGGGCAAGAAAUUGCAGUUAAAAAGCUUUCCAAAAGUUCUGGACAAGGAAAGGAAGAGUUCAAAAAUGAAGUUAUUCUGAUUGCUAAUCUUCAGCACCGAAAUCUUGUGAAACUUCUUGGUUGUUGCAUUGAAAAAGAUGAAAGAUUGUUAAUUUACGAAUACAUGUCCAACAAAAGCUUGGACUACUUUAUCUUUGAUGAAAGAAGAAGCAAGUUACUCAAUUGGAGCAAGCGAGUCAGCAUUAUUGGAGGAAUUGCCAGAGGGCUUCUUUAUCUUCAUCAAGACUCUAGACUGAGGAUUAUACAUAGAGAUCUCAAAGCUAGUAAUGUUUUAUUAGAUAAUGAAAUGAACCCAAAAAUUUCAGACUUUGGCCUGGCCAGGACAUUUGGGGGAGAUCAAACUGAGGCAAACACAAACAGAGUAGUUGGAACAUAUGGUUAUAUGUCUCCGGAGUAUGCAGUAGAUGGGCUCUUCUCAGUGAAAUCUGACGUCUUCAGCUUUGGUGUUUUAGUACUAGAGAUAGUGAGUGGGAAGAGAAACAGAGGAUUUCACCAUGAUGAUCACCAGCAUAACCUUGUCGGACAUGCAUGGAGACUGUGGAUAGAAGGAAGACCAGUGGAGCUAAUAGAGAAAUCUUUAGAUGACUCUUGUGCUUUAUCUGACUUACUACGAUGCAUUCAUGUCGGUCUGUUAUGUGUGCAGCAAGCACCAGAAGACAGGCCAAAUAUGUCAACUGUGGUUCUAAUGUUGAAUGGCGAAAGAUCAUUGCCUCAACCAAAGCAGCCUGGUUUUUUCACAGAAAGGAAUGUACCUGGAUCAGAGUCUUCGUCAAGUAAAGAUAAAUCAUGUUCAACAAAUGAAAUCACAAUCUCAUUGAUUGAGCCUCGUUGAAAAAAAAAAAAAACACCAUUUCAUGAAGAAAGCUCUGGAGUUUCUGGUCAAAUCUACAAGCAAACACAUUCAUCAUACAUAAUUUUACAUAUGCUGUCAUUAUACAUGUAUUGUCCUGAUACUUUGUGUUAUGUUACAUGUGUUGUCUCUUCCUUCAAGUAUGCACUCUAUAUAAGCUUAAGGAUCAUUGUCAGGGAAUUGUUAUAUAUUUGGAUUUAUGAAGAUAUUUUACAAACAAUCUUACUAAAUUUUCGAUAAUAUUAUAC